AAAAGAGAACAAAAAUUUACCUGCGGGAUUUAAAGAAGAAGAUCACCACAUUAUUUUUGGGAUUAAAAAUUUUUUUUUUUUUUUUGUUACGCAAUCAAACUGGAAUUCAUUUUGCUUAUUAAAAAGAAAAAUAAUUUUUUUCUGCAAAAACAACGAUUUAUUUAUUUUUAGAUUUUAGCAAGAAAAGAAAAAGGAUUGAAAAAAAAAAAAAGGAAUUUUAAAAAAUGGAUAAAGAAUUAACUGGCGACGAAACCUGGACGACAUACCUUUAUGAAAAAAGGUCAUAUAUUGAAUUUUUUAUAUAUUUUAUUAUAAUAAUUAAUUUUCUACCGAAAUUUAUUAAACGUUGUAAAAAACAAGCUAAAAUUAAUAUUGAAGAGUACAUUGAUGAUAAAGUAAAAUAUUUUUUAAAAUUUCAAACACAUCAUCAUUCUUGUUGUACCGAAUAUAAAAAACAAAAUGAACAACAAGAUUUGAAUGAUAUUAAAAAAAAAUCACCAUCAUCAUUAAUAUUUAAACAGAAUAGUAAUUAUUAUAAUAGUAAUAAUUAUAAUAGAAUUGCUUCAAAAAUAAAGAAUGGAAUUGAAGAUGAUGAUGAUCUUAAUAAUUCAAUAAUUAUAUUAUCAUGUUGUCAUGAUUAUUGUCAUUGUAAACAUUGUAAUAAUAUUGAUAAUUGUAAUAAUAUAAAUAAAAUAGAAAAACAACAACAACAACAACAGCAGCAACAGGACAAAGAACAAAAUUAUUAUAAGGAACAAUUGAAUAAAUUACAACAAGAAAAGGAUAAUAAGAAAUCAAAUUUACAUAAUAAUUAUUAUUAUGUAAAACCGAGUCGACAAGAAAUGCAAGAAAUAAAAAGAAAAAUUAAAGAUGAAGUAGAAUUAGAAUUUCAAGAAUAUUAUAAUAGUCUUAAUAUUAACAAUAAUAAUGAUGAUGAUAGUAGUAGUGGUGAUUAUGAUAAUAAUAAUGAUCAUUAUAAAAAUUUAUGUAAUGGUAUUUGCAUAAAUCGUGAUAAAAAAUCAUAUUUUAAUGAUUGCAAUUGUCAAGAUAAUCAAUUACAGUGCAUUGAAUCAAAUGGAUAUAAAUCAAGACGGCAAUCUCUCGAACAAAUUGAAAAUGAUCUACCAAAAAUAGGAACAAAAAAUGUUGUUACAAAAAUGGCAAAAAUGUUUGAGAAGAAUAAUCCAACUCAACGUCAUAAUCGUCAUUAUGAACAAAAUAAAAAUAUUAAUAAUUUUGCAAAUCUAUUUAAUGGUAAUAUGAAUGAUAACAAGAAGAAAAUUCCAACAAAAAUUGUACCAGACAAUGUAGCUAAACGCAAUAAAAACGAAUUUACAUCAAAAUUUGAGAAAUUUAAAGAUAAAGAAAAUGUUAAUGUUGAAAAUCAAAAAUGUUCUUUAUUUGAAAAUUUAGCAUCAGUUAAUAAUAGUGUUGAAUCACGAAAUCACAGUAACAAUAAUAAGAUAAAAGAAUCCGAUUUUGGUGGCAGUAAUGGAAAUAUUAAUUCUAAACCAAAAUAUGAUUUAUAUAGCAAAACAAAAGUAGCACCAGCAGUAAUAGGAAAUACAAUAAAAUCAACAGCAGCAGCCAUAGAAAAUACAAUAAAAGAAACAGGAGCAGCAACAGAAAAUACAUCAAAAUCAACAGCGGCUGCCAUAAAAAAUAUAAUAAAACCUACAGCGGCAGAAAUAGAACAUACAAUAAAACCAACAGCAGCAGCAACGGAGAAUGCAUCAAAAUCAACAGCGGAUGCCAUAAAAAAUAUAAUAAAACCAACAGCAGCAGAAAUAGAACAUACAAUAAAACCAACAGCAGCAGCAACGGAGAAUACAUCAAAACCAACAGCAGCAGCCGUAGAAAAUAUAAUAAAACUAACAGUAGCAGCAACAGAAAAUGCAUUAAAACCAACAGCAGCAGCUAUAGAAAAUAUAGUAAAACCAGCAGCAGCAGCAACGGAGAAUACAUCAAAACCAACAGCAGCAGCCAUAGAAAAUAUAAUAGAACUAACAGUAGCAGGAACAGAAAAUACAUCAGAACCAACAGUAGCUGCUAUAGAAAAUACAAUAAAACCAACAGAAGCAGCAGCAAAAAAUACAUCGGAACCAACAGUAGCAGCUGUAGAAAAUACUACUAAACCAAUAGCAGCAGCAACAGAAAAUAUAUUAGAACCAUCACCACUAGCAACAGAAAAUACAUCAGAACCAACAGUAGCAUCUAUGGAAAAUGCAAUAAAACCAACAGUAGAAUCAACUGAAAAUAUGUUUGAAUCAAUAGUGGCAGCUAUAGGAAAUAUAAUAAAACCAAUAACACCAGCAACAGAGAAUACAUCAGAACCAACAGUAGCAGCUAUAGAAAAUGCAAUAGAAAUAACAGUAGCAGCAGCAGAAAAUACAUCAGAACCAACAAUAGCAGCUAUAGAAAAUACAUCAGAACCAACGGUAACACCCAUUGAAUAUAAAACAACUGCAACAGUCGAAACAAAUACAAUAAUAUCAGCUAUACCAUUAUUAACGAAAAGUACAACGGAAAUAAUAAUAACAAAAACAAAAACUGAUGGGAAAACCUUAAAAGAUCAAAAAUUUAAAACAAUCAGUAAUGAUAAUUUAAAUAAUUCUAAUGAAAACAUUAAUUUUAAUACCAAUAAUUUAUAUAGUAAUUUAUCGAUAAGUAAUGAAUUAUUAAGUACAUCACCAGUUCAAUCAUUUGAUGAAAUUUUAUCACAACGUAGAUUUUCUAGGCCAUUUUCACAAUAUUCAAUAUCAGAUUUAUUACAAAAUAGUGAUUUAAAAGAUGAUGAUUUAAUAAAUGCUAAUUUUGAAAAUAUUAGUUAAAUUUAUAUGAGAAAAAAAAAACUAGGAUUAAAAGAUUUUUUUUUUGUAUUAUAACUAUACGGAAAAAAUUCAUAAUCUUACUUAGACAUAGUCAUAAGAACAAAAAGAAAAUUAUGAGAAUAUUUACUUAAAUACUGUUUAAGUUAGAUUUAUCUAAUAUUAUUCAAAAAAGAAAUUAUAAUUUAUAAAAAGUCACAAAUUUAAACUACAUAAAAACUUAAGUUAAAAGUAUGAAUUAUAUUUUUUAAAUUAUUAAAAUUGUAAAUUUGAAAUUAUUCUAUUAGUGCAUGCAUGAAAAAUAUUCAAAAAAACAAAAGAAAUUUUUUAAAUUUCCGAUAAGAGUAACAAAUAAGUAUAACUUUUUUAUAUUGUUAUCAUAAUUUUUAAAUUACGUAACUAACUGGCAAAAAUAAUACAAUAAUUUUCUUAUCUUGGAUUGUAUUUCAUUUAAAAAAAAUAUUUAUUUUUUUUUUUGUUUUAAAGAGCAUAUUGUGGUUAAAGGUAAUUAGGAAUUAUAAAUUAAAUUUUCAAUUUAUAGUAAAAUGUUGAAUAUACUCAGUAGAAAAUUUAGAUCUGCUUGU